GGAACGACCCAAUCCUAGAGCUCGACUGAGGGUGGGGGCGGGGACAGUGGCCCGGGUGGACUUGGGACUGGCGCUGUCCUGGGGGAGCUGGUUUGUGGAUGCUGCUGGUUCUCGUGCUGCAGUAGUACUGGGUCGUCAGGGCAAAGCACCCUCUCUGUGAGGGGAAUCAUGAGCCGCUUCCUGAACGUGUUACGAAGCUGGCUGGUUAUGGUGUCCAUCAUAGCCAUGGGGAACACGCUCCAGAGCUUCCGAGACCACACCUUUCUCUAUGAGAAGCUCUACACCGGCAAGCCAAACCUUGUGAAUGGCCUCCAAGCCCGGACCUUUGGGAUCUGGACGCUGCUCUCAUCGGUGAUUCGAUGCCUCUGUGCCAUUGACAUCCACAACAAAACACUCUACCACAUCACACUCUGGACCUUCUUCCUCGCCUUGGGACACUUCCUCUCGGAGUUGUUCGUAUUUGGAACAGCAGCUCCCACAGUUGGUGUGCUGGCACCCCUGAUGGUGGCAAGUCUCUCCAUCCUGGGUAUGCUGGUUGGGCUCCGGUAUCUAGAGGCAGAACCAGGAUCCAUACAGAAGAAGAGAAACUGAAGCUGAGGCCAGCCUUGCCACCUCCAAAACAUCAUCGUCUUCCACCUUGGCUAUCUUUGUUCUUCGUCCUCUGUCCUUACAUCAUUUCUUUUCCUUAGCUCCUUCAUCUAGGUUCAGCAUCUUUAGCUUUUGGGGUUUUGGGUUUUUAAUGUUUUUAAAUAUUUAAGAUAUUCAUACAUAUGUAACAUGUAUAUAUAAUUUAGAGUCAUCUAAGAAAUAUUCUGUUACAUUAAUCAAAGUCAAGAAAUCCUCAGAAGCCCCCCACACGUCCAUGUGCCCUCCCUAACUGGACCCCACCCCACUCCCAGGCUCCCUUUUCCAGUCUUUCACUUUUUCCGUUUAUCGUCAUUCCUUGCUUUGACUUGUGCGCUGGGAACAUGAGAACUGUGAACUCAAGCUGCUGCCUGCCCAGAGCAGCUGCAGCCAAGGGCUGCUUCCAGGGAUCAUCCACACAUCCAGGCCUCCUUUCUGCUGCUGGACCCCAAGACUCUGACCCAUCUAAGGGACAGGCAGUUCUUCCGAGAAGGGCUGCCCUCCGUGUGAGCAGGACCAGGCUUCUCUUUUAUCUACAGCUGGAUAAAGGUUGGAAGAGUCUGGACUGUUUUUAGACCUUUCAGUCAGUUGUAUUUGUGUAAUGCCUUUUGUAAUAAAUAGAAAAACCUUCUAUUCUGA